CCCUCUCUCUCUCUCUCUUGUUUUUUAAGUCUUUGUCUUCCCAAAAUCUACACAGACAGGCGUAGAAGAUCCCUCUUCUGUAGCGGUGCUCAACUCAAACAAAGCUCAACGUUCUAUACACAAUUUUCUUACCUCUCCAUUCCCCCCCCCCCCCCCCCCGUCCACUAUUUUAAUCCAAAACCAUUUUUAUAUAUAAUCUAAUCUAAAACUCGAUUAUAUGUAUUAGCUCCGUAAUUUCUUCUUCUACAAUUAAAUAACCCGAUCGAGCACCCAAUCCAUCACUCGCCAUUCGCAUAUAUUCAUUCCAAGAAGAGUAGUUUGCAGAGGGAAGGAGGAAUGGAUUCUGUCGUCGUCUUCCUUCUGCUCUGCCUCCUCUGCUUCGCAGCUGCUCCUCCUUGUUUUGCGAGAAUGGAGCCGAAAGUGGGGGUCUGCUACGGCGAGCUGGGGAACAAUCUCCCAACUCCCCCGGAAUCGAUCAAGCUCGUUCAGAAACUCAACGGCAAGGCGGUGAAGAUCUACGGCGUCAAUCCGGAGAUCCUGAAGGCGAUUCAAGGCACCGACCUCCAAAUCUCGAUUAUGGUGCCCAACAAUGUGAUUCCGGACAUAGCGGCGAACCAAACCCUAGCCGACGAAUGGAUCCAGACCAACGUCGCGCCGUUCUACCCCGCAUCGAAGAUUCGCUACCUGCUCGUCGGGAACGAGAUCCUGAGCAACCAGCCGAACUCGACCUGGUUCAAGCUGGUCCCGGCUAUGCGCAGGAUCCGAUACUCGGUCAAGAAGUUCGGCCUCCACAAGGUCAAGGUCGGCACCCCGCUCGCCAUGGACAUCCUCGAGUCGUCCUACCCGCCCUCCAACGGCACCUUCCGGUCGGACCUCCUCAAACCGGUGGUCGAGCCGCUCCUCCGGUUCGCGAACCGAACCAAGUCCUUCUUCUUCGUGGAUGUCUACACGUACUUCGCUUGGGUUUCGCAGCCGCUCCAAAUCAACCUCGACUAUGCUCUGCUGCAGCCGACCAACAUAUCUUAUACGGAUCCGGGUUCGGGUCUCCUCUACACUAAUUUGCUCGACCAGAUGCUCGACGCCCUCGUCUUCGCUAUGACCCGGGUCGGGUACCCGAAUAUCCGUUUGUUCGUGGCGGAGACGGGCUGGCCCAACGGCGGAGACCCGGACCAGCUCGGCGCCAACAUCUACAACGCCGCCACCUACAACCGAAACGUCGUGAAGAAGUUCGCCGCGAAGCCGCCGGUUGGGAUCCCGAGCCGGCCUGGAGCCGUCAUUCCGGCGCUGCUAUUCGCGCUGUACAACGAGAACCAGAAGCCGGGUCCAGGUACGGAGCGCCACUUCGGGCAGCUGUACCCGAAUCAGUCGAGCGUGUACCCGAUGGAUUUGUCGGGGAAGUCGAGCUUCCCGCCGCCAGAGAAGCCGGACAGCAAUGGGCGGCUGUGGUGCGUGGUGGCGCCUGGUGGCGGCAACAACAAGACGGCGCUCGCCGCGGCCGUGUCGUACGCUUGCGGGCAGGGUAAUCGGACCUGCGACGCGAUCCGACCCGGUGGGGUGUGCUACAAGCCGAAUACGCUGAUUAGCCACGCCAGCUAUGCGUUCAGUGCUUAUUGGGUUCAGAUGCGGACGGCUGGCGCCACUUGCUCGUUUAACGGCUUGGCUUCGCUGACCUCGAAAGAUCCAAGUUACGGGAAUUGCACGCAUCCGAGUGUUAGUCUGUAAGGAGAGGGAUGGAACUGGUAAGGUAAGGUAUGGUAAGGUAAGGUGGAUGGAGUGUUUUUCAUUAUUUGACUUAUUAGGUUGGCUGGGGAUUUCUAAAUUGUUGCACCUUUUAAGCACACACGCGCCCUCUUAACUAAUUAAAAUGGCUAUAUUUUGAUUGGCUGGCUGGCUGGCCUGGA